GGAUCUAGGAAAGAAAUCGGUCGAUUCUAGGAAAAAGGAACCAAGCUCAACUAGGUAAUUGGUGCAUCCGCUUGAGUCCAUAAACGUAACCUCACAAGAAUAUUGGAUAAGCUGCAUAAGACAAAAAAUAUACUACAAAGCACUACAACUCACUAAUCGAAGUAUAAGUAAACAAAGAAAACGUCGAUACUCUGCUACACUCAAACUCUUAGGAAUUGCUCACUGAAAUAUGGGAGGACGUAGACUGAAAUAAGGGAGUUUCUAACAGACUAAGUAAAUCGGGGCUGAACUUGAACUUGACUGAACAAUAAGGGAGGCUGCUUUUUGUUUUUCGGUACCAACAUACCAACCUUUUAUCAGCUUCUAGACAAGGUAUACGGCAACUCCAGUCUAGAAGAUGAUAACCUGUUGUCUCCUGAGUAUCUGUUAUCGAAUCUAGCAUGUUAUCUCUUGGUUAUCUUGAUCUUCUGUCUCUAAUAAAUUUUCCUUCUAUUACUAAUAAUAACAAUGAUAAUAAUAAUAAUGAUAAUAACAUCCACCCAUAAUAAUAAUGAUAAUGAUAAUUACUAAUACUACUUAAAAAAGCACUUCUUGAUUGUUCUCUUCAUACCUACCGAGACCGACGUAGUAGCACAUCAAAAAUAAUGGUCGACCGCAAUCAAGUACUUCUACAGCAAAAGCACGUUGCUGCGGGGGAUCUUCCCGAUUCCAACUCUGUUAUGUACGGAGCCGAUGACAUUGGUACAACAACUUCUCAAUGGCGCGGAGCGAGCGAUGAAAUUUCAUCAUGGCAACAUCGAGAACAAGAACAACGGGGGACGUGGCAUACAACUAGUCAACAACGGAGGACGACGCAUAGACAUCCACCUCAACUACAUGUUAGUGUUGGAAAACAGUGGACAAGAAAACCUUCCUUUUCUAGACAUCCUCAGAAGGUGAAUUACCACAAUCCUUAUCAUCAUGAUCGCAUCAAACAAGAAGUUGUCUCUGAGAAUUACAAUGGUACUAAUGCAGCUGCUGCACUACUAGCAGGUGGUGGUGGACAAGGACACCGUGUAACCACAUCAACAGGUAGAAGACAGAAAGCUCCUCGACCACACCACACUCGACGUACUUCUUCUCCACCAAGUAGAAGUCCACGGACGACGAAUUAAGGCUCCUAACUUUGAUUAUAAUUCAUCUUCACAAGAAGAGGCAUAUUUAUACUUUCUUGACGUCCUUGCAAGGGGAUAACGAUAAGUUAAAGAUGCAUAUGCAUUUCAAGAUGAAUAUGAAUAAGAGUGAGGUCUAAAAAACGAAGGAGCGGACGACGAAGACCACAGAUGAUGGUAUAACAUGCAUGAAAAAUAAUAAUUCCAUGUGCUGGAUGAAGGAAGAUCGAAACUCGUCUGGUGGUGGAGCACAUUUUCAGUUGAACCGCAAGAACAAGGAUAAUACUAGUGCUACUUCUUGUAGAAGUAAAACCACUAAACAAGAAGAACUACGCAUUUCUGAAAAUCCGGCUCACCAGGAACAAGUACCAGGUCCAGGUACAAGACGUACACUAUCCGGUAGUUCCAAGAACGCAACUUCUAAGGGUAGGUGGUUAAAGGUGUUCCUGUUAGCGUUUGUUAUGUCUCUCCUAUGGGAGAGCGGCAUAACAAACGGGGUAAACGAACACCAAAAGGAGCCUACCUCUAAACUUACCAGCAAAGACAGGAGAGUCGUAAGAAACUCCAGACCGAGACCUAGUGGAGACCUUCUUGUGAACGAUGAGGAUGAUUACAAGCUGCUGCCGCGUCGCCGGAUGCCUAUAGUUAAGCCUGUAGUUAAUUCAUCUUUGACUGCGUCCUUGAGUAGUUGUUUGUGUGGUGGAGUAUCACAGGAACAUAGAUACUCAGCCAUAUUUAAGGAUGCAGCUGAAAGAUUAGGUGCGGAAAGGUCUAAUACAGGUGUUGUUCGGCGUGCGAGUCCGAUGCUGGAGUAUGCGCAUUUUCGACCCGAGUGUGGUCUCUUCCGGAGCCCGAAGCGGUUCCCUCAGGAUUGGUUGACGAUCAAGAAGUUGGCAAACGCCAACUACGGACGCGUAUUUCUCUGCUACCACUAUCCGAGUCAAAAAUUAAGGCUUGUUCCCCAAAUCUCUCCAAAUUCAUCUUAAGAAGCAUGCAUCUUUGAAAUGGUUUCAACGGGAAAACUACAUGUGAAAGAUGCUUUGCGAGAUGAAUUAUAUAUUGUAAGGUCUAAAAAAAACUGUCGUAGUGAAAAGAUUAUGUAACUCCGUAUCAGUCGCUGACGGCAUCUGUCGGCAUCAGGGAUUGGUAGAGCGGCAUACUGGGGGCACGGAUGCGCACGGAGAGAAUCCAGUGAUUGAGGUCGCAGCAUCAGCGUUCCUUUCGCAAAAUUGUCCAAGAAUUGAUCACGCGGUGUACAACAACCUACAGCAUAGGGAUACUUCUACUUCUUCUUCCCCUGCUCCAUCAUCUUCUUCUAGUACAACAACAACAACAACAACAACUUCCGCCGACUUCCAUUGCGCGAAUUUACUAGAAAGCUACGGUUCGUGGAUGGACACGGACUACACCUAUCUGGCUUCGGAGUACUGUGCCCGCGGGGAGCUCUUCACUUAUCUUUAAGGCUGGGAACUAUUUAGCUUUAAUACUACUUAGUUACUAUAAUAAAAUAGUAGUACCUUUAAUAAAGCUGGAAGUAGUACGUACUAGUGGGUAGCUGCUCCUUAAUUUUUUCUCAAGAAGAAGUUGAUUAACUAAUAUAAGUAUCUACUUUCUCGACCUAUGCACCUUCAAUCUAGAACCUUCAUCCUAAUGAUCCAUCUUGUUUUUGAAAGCCAUCUACUUUCCUGAAGAGUCUCCUGCUUUUCUUCAAGGGGGAGCAGAGAGAGACAGCUUCCUAGGAUGGAGGAGGAUGCAUCUUCUAAUAGGUGCAACAACACGGCACUUUGAGUGCAGCACAUAUCCGCAUUAUCUUGAGGCAGAUGCUUGAUGCGGUUUCCUACAUGCAUGAUCGGGGCAUCGCUCAUCGAGACAUCUCUCUAGAUUAUGAGUAUAGGAGGAAGUGCAUCUCCAUCAAAGUCAUCGGGACUCAGAAAAUUUGAAGGAAAAGGAAUCCAGAUGAUUUGUGAGAUGAAUUCCCGAUAUACCUCUAACUAGAAAACGUUCUGCUCACAGAGGAGCCUCUAGACCGGUUCGUACGAGUGAUGGAUUUGGGCGUCGCGUGCAAGAUGUACGACUUCGACGAGCAUAAGGGAAUAAGCGAGGAGAUAGAGAGGGACAUGGACAACAGGAGCAAUAUGGAGGCAAAGACGUCUAAGAAGACAUCAUCUUCCGCUCAUCUUGCUCCGGUAGUCGAGCAAGAAGCGAGCGACGAGAAUGAAGACGAUUUCUCAGAAGUAGAUGUUGGGUGGAGUACUGACGAAGGAGAAGAGAAGCAUGAUCAUUAUUACUAUGUGUCUGAUACUGAUUCGGAUGAAGACGAGAUGAAACAAGUUGAUGUGGUAGAAGGAUCUAGCGGUAACAGGAGCAGAGAUAAGAACACCUGCAGCAAGAACUAUUAUAGUUCUUGUUAUUUGCCUUAUGAUUGUCUCGGUGGUACGCGUCUUUCACGGACACUAGCUGAGGAAGCAGAGAAACGCAAGGCAGAAGAUGCGGCUGCUGCCUUGCGCCUUUAUGCAGCCGCAAGUAGAAGCCGUGGUAGAGGUUCCACAACAGAGCCAGCAUCACCUUUAGCUUCUUGCCAUGCUGUCCCUGUCCCGAGACGAACGCGACGACAACAUCAGCAUCAUGUUGUACCCCUUCCAGCGUCACCGGGUUUGCCUUGUCCACAACUACCUUGCUCAUCUUCAUCUGGACUACUACCGUCAUCCUACAAUGGUUGUGGUGGAGCUUAUCCUCGUAAGUCUCACCAGGAGCUUCAGUGGCAACGGACUGAGUCAACGCGCGCGGGAUCGGUUCUUGCUACUACACCCUACAACCACUGUCCUAGCAAGAGAUCUAGUAGGGGUCGCACAUGCGAUUCUCUUCUCACCUGGCCUGAAGAGAAAACGCAACUCUUGAGUGGCGGUAGUGGCAUGUUGACCAAGACCAGUUGGGAGAUGAGUACUACUUCUAUGUGCAUCAAGCAUCAACAUAGGAGUCCACCUAGUGGGCCACUGUCAGUAUCGCCGCCUCCAACUGCGAGACAGGUUGUACGAGAUCCAACGCCGGAUGUCGUGGAUCAACACGAUAUCGUAGACGUAGAGGGUGAUCAAGAAGUGGAAGAUGAAACUCAACAAGCUACCUCAAUCUCAACGUCAGGAGCACCAGGUGUCGUGCUACCCGAGUGUUGUCUUGUUCCUAGUAAUGCUCUCUACAAUUACUCACCAGCUUCUUGUCUCAGUGGAGGUCCUAAAACCGGUCCGCAUCACGACAGAACGAGGACAGGUAGAAGGCCUGCUUCUAUGGAUGUUGAUCCUCAUCAAACGAGGACACCAUCAGGGCCAGCCAGAAACAGACGGUCUACUAUCGACGAUGAUUACUAUCAUUUCCCUUUGAAAUUUUUGGUAGAAGAAGGUCAUCGUCAACAACAACAUCGUGGCAAGUUUGCAGACGUUGAAGACAUCUGCUCUUCUACUUUCUCUACUUCUAAAAUCUCUCCUUCAGCAAGAGUGUCCUUUGGAGAAGAGCCAGGAUCUCUACCCAAGAUACCCUUACUCCUACAUCAACUACCAGAAGAAGACGAAGACUUAAAUGAUCAUGAUCUCGAGAAGCAAAAGUUCGUAGAAGAGGACGCACACGCACUAUUAAUUCAAGUUCAACGUGAAGAAGAACAAGAGCUGCUGCAACUCCAGCUAGAACAAGCAAAAGAAGGACUGGCCGCUGUUCGCCGUUUGAGGCAGAAGAAGCUCGUCUAUGUUUCUGGUUUCGUGGGUAAACACUACUACCGCGCUCCCGAGAUGUACGGCCACGGGAGUUGGUACCUACCAGGUCCUGGCGAUAUGUUCGCCGUUGCCGUUUGUGCCUUCAUAAUGCUCACAGGCAGACCGCUUUUCCGCAAAGCAGUUGCUGACGAAUCUGGCUUCCGUUUUUUUAAAGCGAAAGGGGUUCGCGCAUUACUGAAAAAAUGGAACUUCUUUGAGAAGAUAUCGACCGGAGCGCUGCAGCAGGACCAACUACAUCACAAGAAGAACCUCGAUGAUCAAGAACAUGCGCAGGAAGAAAGUCUAAAUAAUCAGCAGCAAGUAGAAGUAGGCGGCGCUCCAGCCGAAGAACUUUUGGAUGAGUUGAUCGAUUUGAUCGAGAAAAUGAUGCAUCUGGUUCCCGAGAAGCGACUCUCCGCAAGGGAAGCCUUGGAGCACCCUUUUUUUCGACGCACACAAAGUCGAGAUAUGGAAGAGGAAAAGUUGAUGGAGCGCCAUCUUCGAACCGUGGCGUCUCCAUCGACGUCGCUUUUUGGCGCAGCUUCUGGUAAAAAUACGAAUAGUUGUCAAGGGGAAACAAGAAGUAAUGGAAAAGAAGCACGACUACAAGAAGAUAAGGCAGUUGCUCUUGUGAAAAAUAGAGAACACAGUAGAUGUGGUUCUGCUUGUUCUGGUGCAACGACCGCAAAAAGUAGAACGAAGACGAGGACCACUUCAAGAGCAACACGACGAGGCACGACUACAUCAUCUAAAAAAAGGCAUCAAAGAAGAUAUCGUGUUGACGAAAACACGAGUGCUGCGCCAAUUAAUUGGAUGCGUAAGAAGGAGGAAACGCAUGCUCCAAGGCAUCCGCGACUUGAAGAUGUUGUUCCUGCACGAGGAGCACCACAACGACCACUUCUUGUAGAAGUACCACGUCAAGCUGCUCUGCCUCUGCAGGAGGAGCCGCAUAAGCGUACUUCUACGACAAAUUACUCGCUAUUUUCUGCGAAGAGUGGCAGAAGUGGCACUCAUGGGCAUCUAGUACUGGGACAACAUGGAGAUGGACGAGUUUCACAUGGAAGAUAUGAAGCGUCACCACCUAGAAACUCUAGUACGAGUGGCCACCGUGAUGUUCAAGAACAUCAACAACAUCUUUACAAGAACUAUCCACCCAGCUCCUCUCGACGUUCGAGUCGCGGAACGCCUUAUUGUGCGCAACAAUAUAACAACUACAACUGUCGGGAUCCUCGCGCUUCACCUCGUAAUUCCAGGACUUCUACGACUGCUCCACAUGUACAUUUACAUAGAAGUCUACUCCAGCAGACGGCCAGAGUAGAUUCCCACACUACUCCUGAAGUACAGUGGGCACAUUCAUCAGACCCAGACUCACUCUCACAUGAUCAAGGAGAACUACCUCCAGUAGAACUAGUAGAAUUUUCGAGCGAAGAUGGUGGUCGUGAAGAAAUCCCGCAACUUCGAAGGAGUGGUGGUCGCAGAACUACCGUACUAAGAUUUUCGCAAACCAGGCUGUUGGACCUUCCUCUAGUGCUCCCAUUAAGGCUCUCUGAUUCUAAACUUCUCUACUUCAAAUAGGACGGACGCGGCAUGUAUUCACGUGCUAAUAUUUAUACUCUUGUUCCAGGAGGAUAGAUCAAGAUCAUCAGUUCUUAAAAUAAGUGUUGAAACAUUCUUGUUCUUCAUCAAGAUGAGUGCAACAUCAUCUUGUUCCUCCUCGUUGGUUUACAAGUUCUACUUGUCUGUGGAAUCUUGUCACAUCGAUUCAUCCCGCCGGUAGGUGCUGCAUACCUUCCUAAAAGCGCUAAUAGGAGAACCAGAAUGGAAGAACGAAUCGCCUAAUCCUUCGUCCUCAGUGACGUUGCUGGAAGAGAUCGAAACGGAUGCGAGUACUAAUGAAGGAUAAGGUCUCGUCUAGGGAGGUGUGAAGACACUGUGAAGAUACUCUAGGGAGGUGUGAAGACACUGUUAGGACUGUUAGGACUGUUAGGACGAGGCCUAGAAGUAAAGGAAUCAAAGGACUAGAUGAAGUUAGUAAAAGAAUCAACGACACCAAUAAGAAUGAAGUGAUCAUUUAACUGGUGGACGGACACUCCUACCGGGACCUUUCUCGUCUUUGUGUGUACCUCGUCUUGGUUUGUCCGAAGAUUUAAAUUAACUCAACAAGAACAUCACGGAAGGGGAGGCAGUGUAGUUAAGGCUACCGCUGGAGCAUCCUCAUCACCAUCCUUAGCCCUUUUUUCAAGGGGAAGAAGGGCCGAGGGAGGCUCUCAGGGAUGCACGUCGGUGCCUCUAAUGUAGUAGUGCUCCUCUUUUAUAGUAAGUACCCCUGGAGUGGGUGUGGGUACAUUCAUUGUUACAAGAAGAAGAAACUGCUCUCUCUCUCUCUAAAAAAGUCUUCAUCUUGAUGCUUGCGCCAUACUACUAUGUAUAGUAAGAAGAAUGAAGAAGAAGAACUCCCUUCAGCACAAUCGUUCUGGUUGCCUAGGUCUCUGGAACUCCCUUCUCCCUAUAUUCACUAGUUCUAGAGACCUAGGCAAGGAGAGUACCUGUGUAAUAUUGAGUACUAGAUUAGAGUUCAGAGUACUAAGUAGAGCAAUAAGUUUAGUACUAAGAAUGAAGAAGCCUAAGCUCUGAGUCUCUACACAUAAAUAGUAAGAAUGAAGAAGAAGAACUCCCUUCAGCACCUGAUACUAUUUAUUCAAUAGUUCCAGAGACCUAGGCAAGGAGGAGGAUGCCUAAGGCAACAUCCCGCACCCCCGGAGGCUUCAAAUACAGUUCUCCUUGUAUCCUAG